CUACCUACCAACAUCAGAAAUGCCAAUAUCGUUCUCCGUGGUAUUGUAAUGUGUCGUAUUUCUUGUAUAAUCAUUUUAUUUUGAAUACGAAAACAUUUUUCCACACCGUACUAGCUAGUAGACAUAAUGUUAAAAAGAGGAUUUCCGUUUUUCGGGCUCGGAGAUUUUUAAAACGGUUGUGAUGCCACUGACGAAGAAAAUUAAAAACAUAAUCUACAAAAAAUGGUAGAUGAUGAGGAAGUAACAUCGUUUGAUGUUUCGAAUUCAAGUGAAAAUGAUAUUGUAUUUAUUGAACAAUUUGUGCAAGAUGUCAUAGGCUUUAGUUCUCAGUAUGGUAGUGAUGUUAGCAUAUCGUAUACAGCAUACAACAUUACUGGAAAACCUAGUAAAUUUCCAGAUUAUGGGGACUUCCCACAAGCAUUUGUUAUGAGAACGUAUGGAAAAUGGUGGAACAAGGCACCAUCAGGAACACCCCCUUUUAUGUCGCAGUCACUAGGAAAAAUUACUAGCCAAGAUUUUAUAGACUUGCUGUUUGAGGAAGCUGUAUACCCCUUCAGAGUAAGCGUGUAUGAGACGUACAACCCUGGUUCUGUGGUUCGGAUAUGGGCAGCAGAUGUCCAGAACCACUGGAGGUUGCUGUGGGAGGGAGAGCCUCAGCUUGUUGGCCACACUCCCAGGGUUUUCUCUCCUGUUAUACAGACCAUUGAUUCUCCGACGAAGUUGCUCCGCUUGGAGUUUGACCAGUCACACCUUGAAUACUAUACAGAGCUGGAUGCUGUGUUAUUCGUGGGAACCAAAGUGCCAAUUGUCAGUCCAGAGACUCAGCAAGUACCCAGUUAUGAUCUCAUUGUGCCAAAAGUUGGAAAACUGACAUCACAGAUCUUGCAGCUUAAUAUUCACAACAUUCCACCCCAGCUGGAUAUUCCAAAUUCCAUAGUGAACUUUCUUGAUGAGGAGCUUCCACAGUUAUUGAAAGAAACUGAAGAAGCAGCCCAGGUCAUGGUGGCUUCUAACAAAAUGAUUCCGUCCACUGGAACAGAGAGUUUUGACUGUUUGCCUGAUGAAACUGUAUUGAAGAUUUUUGGAUACCUUAGCUUGCUUUCAUUGUGCAGUUGUGCCCAAGUGAGCAGGCGUUUCCAUGAUCUGGCUACAGACUCUCUCCUCUACACUGAGCUCAAUUUGAAGGUUUACUGGUACUGUGCAACAUCUGCUGCUUUAAGGUCACUAUCAAAACGGUGCCAAUACCUGCAGAAGUUGGAUUUGUCCUGGUGUGGAGACUUUGUCCAUAUCACAUCAGGGGAUUUUGUAGAUUUUAUUGAGGAGUGUGGAAGUCAGCUUACUCAUUUGAGACUAAACUCCUGUAAAUUUGCAGACAAUCGCUGUGCCAUGAAGGUGUCUGACAAGUGUAAGAAUUUGCAAGAACUUGGUCUUCGAUGCUGCCAUAACGUCACAGAAUCAGGUUUCCAAAGCCUAGCAUCAUUGAAGAACCUCCAGUAUUUGGAUCUGUAUCGAACUUUCAUAGAUUUGGGGCCACUUAAAGCUAUACUGAAAUCAUCACCUCAACUUAAACACAUCAAUAUGGGUUUUAUUACAGGGUCAUGUGUACGAAUAUCAAGCAUGGAUGACAUUGCUCAGACGCUUGCGACAUAUAACAAGGAGCUGGUAUCUGUGGAUUUCUGGAAGACAUAUAGCCUGACACCAGUUGGUGUUAGAGCUCUGCACAAAUGUGGGAAACUGGAGGAAUUGGACCUGGGGUGGUGUUUGGGUAUUGGUGCUCCUGGAGACAGUCUUUAUUCUCUGGCCACUGGAUGCCGUAGUCUUCGCAAGUUAUUUCUUUCAGCAUUGAGGGGCAUCACUGAUCGAGAUCUCGAACCGUUCAUCGAACAUUGCCCAGCCCUUGAACAGGUUGACUUGUUGGGUGGGCGCAGUAUCACGUCUGACAUCUGUGUCAAGUUCCUGACAAGGUGUACGAAGCUGCAGCUCUUGGAUGUAAGUUUCUGUGACCAAGUGCAGGACAGUGAAGUGGCAUAUUGGAGAAUGGUGUUUCCUCAUGUUAGUGUUAAGCGGAGCUUUCAACAUUACAUAAAGUCUUAACCUCCAUCUUUCAAGGAAAGCUAAGUUUGUAGUGUGUAGGUCUAGAAGUUCUAUUUAAAGUAAUGGAUCUGGCUUUGUAAAUGUUAUGAUUUACUCUGUAAGUGUAAUCAUGACAAUGUGUAUGAGAGAAAUGAGCCUUCUAAUUCCUUGAAUCAUUUUAAUUUUUCAUUGAAUAAGGCUGAUUUGACUUUGAUCUGUCAUUGAUGUUUCUAACACCGAGGUUGACUUAAUAGUUAACUGACUGUUUCUUAGGUUAUUUAGUGACACUUUUCAGCUGUGUGGAUUAUAGAUUGUAAAGGAAGUCAGUAUAGCCUGUGUCGGUAAUAUUCUAACGUCAGCUUGGAAAGAUUGGGGGGGGGGGAUGUGAAUAAACUCAGGAUAAUUAUUGGUAUUUUGACAGUUCUAUGUUUUUACUUACAUGUUGUCUACCCAAUCUGGGUUUAGUACCCUUUUUGGGUGGGGGUUCUGAAUGGUGUUGUAAAGAUUACAUAUGUCUAAAAGCAUAAGAUGAGUGGGAGAAAAAAAAGAGGAAAUAAUUGCUUCCUGGCCUUUAUUUAUUUGUGGCUUGUUCAAUAAUGCUGACAGUAGCUCAGACUAUAUAGCAUGUAGGUCUGAACCCAGUACUUGCCAAAUGCAAAGUAGGAGUGGAAACCGCUUGGCCAUGGGAUUCAGUUUCAGGCUUUUAGUUUAAGGGAAUGAAUUAAGAACCUGCAGUGUAAGGCUAUUACUGAGUAGAUUGAUUUUUGGUUAUGAGCAGGCAAGAUUCAUUACUGAGUUCGCUAACCUCGGUGAAAAUUAGUUUCUCUCUUACCCUUGGAUGACUACAUAUUUGUGGUUAAUGUACAAUAAAUAAGUGACUAGUUAUUGAACUUUA